AUGGCGCGCGAAAUCAGCUCACAUUUCUCCUCACUCGACGUGGAGCGCCAGUUCCACGCGCCCCUCCUUCACCUUGCCAACAUGGCCAGCAUGGCUCCGCCUUCGGAGGCGGAGCCAGUCGGUCCCGUGCGCGGCACGCCGGACGCGCUAUUCGCGGCGCGUUGUGGCUCGAUCGAGGCCUCCGACGUGGCGAGCGAACAAGCGUGGCUCGACCUGAUCCCACUUUCGCCCGCAGACGGAGAGUCGGCUCCGUUUGCGGUCCUGCCGCCCCGCCUCGCGCGCAUGCGGCACUCCGCUUCGCCGACGCACCGGGUGGCGGUCGUCCGCGGCGGCGAGGGCAAGCUGAUUGCCCUCGCCUGGCCGGCAAUCUCCGGAGCGCGGCAUGGUGCGGAAGAGGUGGCGGAGGUGGAGCUGACCCGCAACUACCUCGAGGGCCGAUACAAGGAGCUCUCCCCGUUGCACUGCUCGCUGCUGCUCCUGCCGCUCCUCCCGCACGCCGCGAGGUGGGCCGAGCCGCGCGAGCGGUCGGCGGUGCAGCGCCGGCUCCGCCUGUGGGCGAGCGAGGAGGGCCAGCGGGUCGACACUGCGCGCAGGAGAGCGGAGGCGGCCUCCGCGGCUGCAGGGCGGCUUCCCUCCUCGGCGAGCGGGAGGCAGGUCUUCCUCGGCUGGCUCGCUCAGGCGGCCGGGACGACGCCGCCGCCGCCAAAGCCAGCCACCGCGCCCGCCGCACCCGCCGCGCCGUCUGCGCCGUCCGCGCCUGUCGCGCCUUCCGCGCUCGCGCCCGGCCGGCGGCUGCGCGUGCACACGGACCUGCCCCAGCUGGCCGCCAGCCUGUGCGGGCGUCGCUUCGAGCUCGUGCCUCGUCCCGGCGACCCAGACGCGGACCUGCUGCACGCCCUCCUCGACGCCGGCCCCGCCCCGCCUUCGCCGUGGCUCCCGGAGGCGCACUCGCUGCCGCGGCAGCUGGCCGACCCUCGAGCACCGUCUCGCCACACCGUCACCGCCGCCCUCGCCACUCUCCUCGGCUGCGCCGCAAACGCGCCGCACGGGCCUCGCCUCGCCUGCCGCUACGUGGACCGGCCGCUGCUAGUCGGAGGCCGCAAGGCGGUGCUGCGCCUCCACCUCGCCGUCGCCAGCCUCUCGCCGCCCGUCGCCUACGCCUCCGCCUCGGGCUGGUACAUGCGCGUCUCGCGCGCGCCGUUCGCGGGCGCGUCGGACAGCGACGCCGAGGCGCACCUGACGAGGGGGCGGUACGCGGGCGCGGACGAGGCGGUGCUGCCUGCGGCGGAGGCGGUGCGCCGGCUCGAGGAGGAGCACGCCUCGCUGCCCGGGCGGUGGGGCGAGGUGUGGCGGCGCAUCUCAGGGGUGCUCGGUCGGCUGGUUGCGCUGCUGGCGAGCCGCGCGGCGGAGGGGUCGCGCCUCGCCCGUGGAGGCGGCCGAGCGGCGUACGGCGUCGACCUCCUCCUCGCCGAGGGGCCGGGCUGGAGGGGGGGGGAGGAGGAGGCGGCGGGGGUGGUGGCCGGCGGCGCCGCGCCCUUGCCGCAGCCGGUGCUGCUCGAGGUGAACUACUCUCCCGACUACGAGCUGAUGCUGGGUCUCGAGCCCGCCUUUCUGAGCGGCAUGCUCGAGCGGCUCUUCCUGCUGCCCGCGGGAGGAGGCCAAGGCGGCUGGGAGAGGGUCGAGGUGCCGGGGGACGGUCACGGCCGGAGCGGGGGCGGGGUCGACCGCACAGGUCGGACAGGGGCGGGAUAG